AUGGCUGAUGCGGACAAGGAGGGUCCUGAGACCCUACCCAACACGCCAGAUACAGUGCCCCUGGAUGACCACUUCUUCAGCCCCAGGACCCGCGCAAGGCUGGAGGGCGACUUCGCUCGUCUAGUCCCUGUGAACCAUGCGGCGGUCCUUGCAUUCCAUUCAAUCGCCGAACGGACGAGGCUUGAACCUGACUGGAACCCUCACAUUCGGAAGUUCCUGUUCAUCGAGGAAACUCCCCGACAACUUUCUCCUGAAUGGGACGGUAGUGAUGCCUCCAGCGAUACAACAGGCGGGCACCCUACUCAAGUGUUGAUGGGCUACUACCGACUAAGCUUAGAGAUUUUGACCAACCACACUAGACUCGGCUGGGUCAUUGGGAGCGGCAGAAAGGAUCUCGUCAAUGGUGGCGUUGAUUUCCUGUUGACCCUCCAGAAAAACAGACAUCAUGUUCACGGUCGGCAUGCUCGGCUGGUCCAUCAUGCUCAAAAUGGCGCGUUGAUGCUGGUUGUUGGCAAAGGCAAGGUUGUCCUUGUCAAUGGCAUUGAAAGACUCGAGGGCUCGCAGCGAGUUCUUGGGUCUGUGCGGACUGCCCUGUCCUUCGGCAAUCUAUCCUACAGCUUGGAGUUUACAGGCCUAAAUGAAAACAAUUACCGGCAAAAGUUAGGGGAGCUGUUCACCAAGCUCCACCCUGACGGUGACGUGCCUCCAAUGUCUCUUGAGUUGACACCACUUGAGCACCACCAUGAACUGCACGGAUUUCUGAUACAUUCCCCGUUCGCAUCUGGUGCCAGUGGCGUGGUGUCUGCCGGCUUUGAAAAGUCUACCGGUCAGGCAGUGGCCAUUAAACGUGUGAAGCGGACGCCAGCGACGGUCGCCCGAAUCCAACUUGAAAUCCAAAUAUACAAGAAAAUAGGAAAUCAUCGAAAUCUCUGCCAUUUAAUGGCCGAUCUAUAUUCUGGAGGCGACGAAUACAGCACAGGCAAGUCCAAGAUUAACGAUGUCUACCUGGUACAUUCUCCGCUGGCCAGACAGACAUUCCUUGACUUGACCGUCUCAAACAGGCCAUACGAAGUUCGUAUAUCUGCACUCCACCAGGUCUUGAAAGGGCUUGCCCAUCUUCAUCAACAUGGUAUCAUGCAUAGAGACCUGAAGCCCACAAAUAUGAUGAUCGUGUCGUACUCGCCUGUGCACGCAAUCAUUAUUGAUUACGGGAGCGCCACUUUCGAUGCUUCUUCGACGGAUCACUACUGCGGAACUAUCGCGUAUCUUGCGCCGGAGAUUCUCAAGCUCAAGUAUCAAAAUAAGAAUCUGAAUCCGGAACCAUACGAUUGCCGCGUGGAUGUUUGGGCCAUGGGCCUUUCGGGGUAUCAGCUUUUCUUCCAGGCGCCCUGCAGAUGGGAGAAAGGUGUCAGCAGUGCCGCUCAUAAAGAUAUCAUACAAAACUUGAGAUCCCGACCGGCGUCUAUCGCCGAUGUGCUUGAGAAGAUGCUUUCGUGGCAACCCAUGCAUCGCCCGCAUGCAAAUGAGCUGCUUCAAUCCAAGGUUUGGCCCAAGCUUGUCGACGGUGCUGAAGCUGCAACCACCGACAUUUCCGCAACUUCGCAUGUCCCAAAAAGGGCGAAGAGGUGA